AUGGCUGAUACUGCCUCGUUUACCCCUGCUAUCUCUCGAGACGGGUUCUCCUAUCAAGAUGGCGUCUUCUAUGUUGAAGGCGACCCCUAUCGUCACCCACGGAAGGAUGCCGCCGAACUCUACUCGCUUCUGACUUACGAGCCUCCAGCACCGCUACUCGACGAAGCAGGAAAUCCGUUGAAGAUUCAACCAAAGAGUAGACACAUCGACCAGAAGGCCGAAUUCUACUCAGCUCAGAUGGCGCACUACGGCCUCAAGGUGCUCAAGACGCGCGAGGCGGCAAAGAAGAAUCUUCUUGCUGCCUUUACGAGCUCUCCAGACGGGAGUGGCUUGGCUAUACCGAGGGCAAUCCUGGACCUUGAACAGGCUGUGAAGAGGGAGUGGAAUGAGGCUGACGCCGCGCGUCGCGCUGGGUCUGGUACACUUGUGCAAACGAAUAGCAAGGCGAAGGGCAAGCAGAAGGAAUCCCAGUUCCCCAAUGCUACCGUCCCGGUUGCGAAGCAUAGCUCAAUGACGAAGGAGGAAAUGCGAGCGAAGAUUUACUCGAUUUCUGAGUCUCGAGCUCGUAGCAUCCUCGCCAAGAUUCUGGACGAGGAACCUGCGGCGGCAACUCUUCUUAUGUCAGAGCUCUCCAAGCAGACAGCUAUAAAGACUACAGAUGCUCAAGUCAAACCCGACGCCUCAGGCUCAGUCAUUCCCGCAAGUUCCUCUCGGAGGACAAAGCAAACUGCCCGCAAGACAACGGGAGCGGCACCAUUCCACCCAUAUGCGCGACCUGUAACCGACGAGGCAACAACCGAGGCCUCUUCACUGGCCUCGAAGCCACGAACAAAGCAAACGGCUCGUCGAGGCGGAGGGCAACCUGUUCAAAGGAUACCUGAGAACCCGUUUGUGAACCCCCUAGAGCCCGAAUCAUCCUCAAAGCCGCGAACUAAACAGACGACUCGACGGGGUGGUAAAACUGCUGGUCCUAGCAAGGCUGGCCAAACGACAGGUGCAAAGCGUGCAGGGACUGCUCUACCCAUCUCAGAAUGGGCUGGAGAGUAUGAUGUCGAAUGUCCGGAGCUCGCAGGCAACUGGGACUCCGCUGAGGGUACCCAUAUGUUCAAUGUGUACCCUUCCUCUACGUCCGCCCACGUCUGGGCUUCUUUCGACUUUGGUAUCGUCCAAGGAGUCAUACGCUCCGUGGGCAAACCGCCCACGAAAGUCAAGGAAGAGGUUCCCUUUGUCUGGCGUGGAUGCGAAUCAGGCGAUUCGGAACACGAGAUGAUACUCGGCGAUGGAAAUGAAGGUGUGCUAACCUUUCUCGGUGACGGCCAAAUGAAGGCGACAAUGAAAGGAGGCUGCUUUGGUGAAUGGACUGUUACUGGAUCCUUUAGCUCUGGGGGCAGCUCUGAGAGUCUGAAUUUGGCCCAGGUGAAGCGAGCUGUGAGGGAAUGGAAAGACGAAUUCCGAGCGUACAACCACCACAAUUACGAGAUUGAAGGAAGGGAGAUGUGGGGCAAAUCGACUUGGGGAAGUCGGAGGCGCGACGAUGCGCCGUUAGAUAGUGAUACGACGACGGGUGGCGGUGAGGGCUCUGACAUGGACUUGGACGGGGGCGAAGGGGGUUAUUACGCCUACGCAUACUGA